AUGCAGCUCCAGGGCAGGGAGUUGAAGGCGUUGGCGAUGUUCAAAGACACCGCCACUAAGACCUUACCUCUGGAUACUGCAGUCCCCGUCGUGAGGUCUCUAACGCGCAUGAUGGCAUCCACCGUGGAGCGUCCUCUGCGAAAGUCGAACUGGCCGUCCGAUAAGUACGGCCCAAGAUCCGACAGGUGCGCGACGAGGCGGUUCGAAAUAAUUCUUUCGAAGACCUUCCCCACCUCGUCGAGCAGCACGAUGAGCCAGUACGUGGUCGGAAAGUACGCAGGGCGUCCCGUCUUCCUCACGAGGACCAGACGUGAACAUCUAAUCAACGUUGGAAUUCUAGCAAAUGACACUGGAUUCAGGGAUAUUUAUGAUGAAACUAAAUACCCGACAGUUUCUUUGGAGUUUCUCUAUAUUUCUAGCUGGUUCUUAAGCACUCUAGAUGCUAACGCUGAAAUGUACGACGAGGAUGGCGAUUAUGUUGAUGAGAUCAACAUGUUGAAAAUUAAGUCGAUACAGGAGUUCUUGAAUGAAGAUAACAAUAGAGAAUACUUGGUUCAAGGACAGUUCAGGCAACCAUCACGAAAGAUCGACCAUAGUUUCGAUAAAGAGACUGCAUACUUGAUGGCCAGCAGUUUAGAUGGAGGGGAAGAUUUUGUGACCAGCGAGUUAGAUAUGGGCCGUAAUUUAGGCAUAGCCCCAUAUGUACACUACGUUUACUACUGCACUGGAAGAAAUAUUACAAAUUUUAACGAUUUGCACGAUUAUAUGGACAACGAGAAUGUAAUAAAACUGAUGAACCAUUACGAGAAUGUUGCUGACAUAGAACUUUUGGUGGGAAUUUGGAACGAAGUGGUAAUGAAAGGAGGACAUCUUCCACCAACAAUGGCUUGCUUAAUGAACGACCAUAUACUCAAGAUUAUACAAGCUGAUAGACAUUGGUAUGAAAGACAGAAUCGUCCACACGCUUUUACAUACGAACAACUGCAGGAGAUCAGAAAAGCAUCGGCUGCGUUAUUACUUUGUAGUGUCGGAGAAGGUGUCAAAGAAAUUCAACAUAACGCAUUUUUGAACAUCAAUUCAAAGUAA